AUGUUGGCUCCGAUUCAAUCCACUUCUCCUGCGAACGAAGACCGUGAAACUUUAAAAGGAAUGUUUUGCAUGAAACUUCCUGGGGCCGAGGAAUCUCUACCGGCGUCACAAUACUGGGAGAAAGAUAUCAUUCCACUGGCUCUACAACGACGGUUGCUAAUGUGCGGAUUACUGGCCAUUUACGCGUACCAUUCAGCCACAUUCGAGGAUGAGACAACAACACGAAAGAUUCACCGUGAGCGGGCGACAAAGUUCAAUUCCGAAUUCUUUGCCGGGUUCAACAUGAUAACCAACGAUGAUACGAAUACAAUGGCCACCGAUGCUUUCCAGAAAGCAAACAAGGCAGGAAUACAAAUCAGAAGCAUCCUGAACUGCACACAAUGGACUUGA